UUUCUUUUAGAAUGAAAGUCACAUUUAAAAUUACCCUUAGUCACUGAGUUCUUCAUGUGGAUAUCCGGGGCCUUGAAAAGUUAUAGUUCGAUUUCGAAAAUGUUUCCAUAAGUGAAGCCACAGAUGAUAUACAGUAUUUGUGUAAAGUUUUAUUCCGCUUCCGCUUCGGUUCCUUAUACAUAUAUAAAGUGAACGAAAUAGAUGGAGUUCAAAAUUGAGUUAUAUGGGAAGUUGGCGUGCUUGUGAACCGAUUUCGCCCAUUUUUUAUCCGUGUUGUCAGGGUGUCAAAAAAAUAUUAUAUACCGAAUUUCAUUGAAAUCGGUCGAGUAGUUCCUGAGAUAUGGUUUCUGUUAUUAUCCGAUUUCUUUCAUUGGGACUGUGUAAGGAAAUGGCUAAUAGAAACGACUGCAGAAAGUUUGGUUAAUACAGUUUUUUUGGUUUGCAAGAUAUAUGUAUAUACAAAAAACCUGUUUGGGGGCAGGGCCACGCCCACUUAAAAAAAUUACAUCCCAAUGUGACCCUCCCUAAUGCGAUCCUUUGUACCAAAUUUAGAGAGUAUAAAAAAAUUGCCAACCUAUGUACAUGUUUUCCUUUUGACAAUACUCAGCGCAUUCGAUGUCAAAAAUAUUAAAAGGCACUUAAAAGAGGAAAAUUGUAAACAAUUUUGUAUUUGUGGCCUAAAUAUUACAGUCAGUUAAGCGGGAAAGAAAUUUAAGCGGAGGCUUUUAAGCGGGGAAUUUUAUAUGUUAAUUCAGAGAAAAACCAACAAUGCCGCAAAAUAUGGUCACUUAAGCGGGAAAGGCCCUUAAACGGGGCGCACUUAAGCUACAUGUAUGUUGACAACACUCAAGGAUACUUCACUUGCUCUCUCUCCACAAUCACACAGUGCUCUCCAGUUCUAUCAUUUCGUUGUUACUAAUUUGAAAUUCCUGCACAUUUUGAAUUGAAAUUGAAAUAUAAAGUAAACACGCCGAGUUUAAUUGUUGAACAGUUUUAUAUUAAAAUAAGUAAUAUUCUGUUUAAGAAUUUAAAUUCCUACAGACACUUUCUUAUUAUUAGUUCUCACAGAUUUCCUCAUUCCUAUAUAUGAUGACGAUUUUUAUGAAAUUAACGGAUAAUCUCAACUUUGACAUGAUUUCUCUCUUUACAGAAUAUUUUCUUUUUUAUUCAUACUAAAAACAUAUUUUCGCUUUCCCUCAUCAAACCAAUACACACCUACAUAUGUAUGCAUUUUUUUCGACCAACUAAUUUUUCUGGUUGGUAUUUUGAAAUUUGGUUAGGUAUUUUGCAUUUUGAUCGUUGGCAUUCAGUAGUUUUGAAAUGGGUUUAUCCAUAUGUAUGUGAACUGCACAUACAUACUAUAUGUACUAGCAUAUAGCAUACAUAUAAAUUGUAUUAUAGUUUUCAUAUAACUUUGACAUUUUUUGAAUCUGUAUACUAAUCCACUCUUUGGUAUUUUGGAUAAUUUUUGCAUUUUGCGGAUGUUAAUUACGUUCUUUGGUAAUCCACCAAAAUAUGCACACUGGCUUCCAUACAUACGAAUACCCAUAUGUAUGUAUAUAUGUUUAUUUUAAUCAAAUUGAUAUCAUUGCGUGAGUUGGUGUAAAAAACAUUUGGAAAAAUAUCAUAUUACUCAAUUUAAAUAAACGGAUCAAACUAUCGAAUUAUAAAAAAAAAAAAUAAUGGCUACCGAUGCUGACGAAGCACAGAGACGCCGUGAAGAAUGCGAACGGAAAGCUCGGCGUGGGGAAAUGGACCCCCGAUUGGAGUUUACAUUCCAACUGUUAAUCGACGCGACCCAACUGCCGAGGCAUCAACUAAUGGAUUACAUAUUCGAGGGAGAUAUGUUGGACGAAAUCAAUCAACUCUUUUUACCCAAUAUGAAAAACAAACUUCUGUGGUUUUAUCAGGAGGUGGAUGAGCCCGAACCUCAACCAGCGCAGGAUCCCAAUAAACCCGGACCCUCGCGUAGUGGUAUCGCAUCGAGCUGCUCAAAAACACCUCAGGGUUCUUCACCCGGCGGAUUUUCGCCGCCGAAGCCGAAAAAAUUGUUUCUGACUGAUGGCUGGACUUGUGGUUUUACAGGGAUUUGCAUUUACAUCUUUCGCGUAAAUACUUCGAAACAAUUGCCAGAGGAAGGAUUUCAAAAGGAUUUAUACUGCGGCGUUAUAGACGCAAAAAAUAUCGGGCUUGUAACUUCCAUUGAACGCAUUGUUGAGUACGUGUUUAUGCAGGCCUUGGCAUUCCCUAGUUUGGAGGGCGAUGAGGAGGAUGUGAGCUGUGGUUUGAUAAAAGGCCAAUUGUUACCCGGUUUGAGAUCAUUCUGCAGUGCUUUACGCGUUUGCGAGCAAGUGUGCGAUCAUGUGAAUAUUUUCGACGAUAAAUGUGAUAUGUUCGAGAAGAUUGAACAUGUGGAUGAGGUUAAAGAUAUGGCGAAAAAUCAAGAGUUUUGUGUGCAACUGGAAGAGCGCGUGAAUAAUUGGAUAAAGGGUGUUAUGAAGAUACUUGGUGAAAGUGAGCAGUUGCGCAAAGAGAACGAUUCAAGUGGCCCACAGGAUGAGCUGGAAUAUUGGAAGAAACGAGGGGCUCAAUUUUCGCAAUUGCUGGCUCAUUUGCAAGAUCGCGAGGUGCAGUAUACAUUACAUUGUCUAUUUUUGGCUGGCUCCCGCGUUAUGCGUGUGUGGAAGGAAACCGAUCGGAAAAUAACAUUCUGCUAUAACGAAGCACGUGAUAACUCAAAAUUUAUUCAGGCGAUGGAAACGUGCUGCCACUCCCUAUAUUUAGACGAUCCGGUCUGCAUGAAACGAUCAAUACUGAGCUUACUACAAACGGUUCGUCUUAUCUAUAGUGUUUCACAAUUCUACAACACCUCCGAAAGAACGUCUUCUCUUAUGGUUAAGAUUACUAAUCAAAUGAUAGAGACUUGCAAGUCUUAUAUAACAUGCCGAAAUAAAGAGACUAUUUGGUCACAAGAUCGUAAUAUUAUACGUACAAAAUUAGGCAAUUGCAUUAAGCUUAAUCAUAUCUACCAUGAAACUUACUAUACCGUAAGAGAGCAACCAUUUCUACCCAAUCAAACACCGUUUGGCUUCUCGGAAAAUUUCGUUUUUGGAAAAUUUGACACAUUUUGCGACCGUCUAUCGAAAAUUAUUUCCAUGUUCAAUUUGAUUGAAGAUUACAAUCAUCUUUUCGAACGUCGCUUGGAGGGUUUACUGUUGGGCGAAACACUACAGGAUGCCAGCAAUCAUUUUGAGGAGGCAAAGAAAGAGAUAUUAUCUAAGAAAUAUGAUUACUUGGAUCAUCGUAAUGGAGAAUUCAAUGACGAUUUCGAACGAUUUAUGAAUAAAACCGACGCACUAAAGGAUACCAUCGCCACACUUAUUGAAACCAAUUUCGAUACUGUUUGGGAGACACCGCAAUGCAUUCGAUUCCUUACUCGAUUUGAAAAAGUUAGUGAGAAGAUACCACUCACACGGAUGGAUGAAAAAUAUGUGCGCAUUAUAAAGUAUGUUGACAAGGAAGUAGAUCGAGUGAAUAAAAUGUUUAGAAAACAACGGGACGAUCCGCCCGUUUGUAGAAAUUUUCCUCCGAUUGCUGGACGUAUCCGUUGGAGCCGUGCGUUAGAUGAGCAUAUGAAAGAACUGAUGGAGGCCGUGCUCGAGCAUAAGGUAUUGAGUGGAUUACCGUUAACAAAAGAUGUGGAGAAUCGCUAUAAUAAUGUAACAGCGUUGUUAAGAGAGUAUGAAACAGAUAUUGUUUCCAUUUGGCUGGACCAGGAUGUAAGCGUUGCCGACGCAUGUCUACUUCAGCCACUGUUGGCUCUACAAGGUGAUCGCUUAUUUGUCAAUUUGCAUCCCACUAUACCUUUACUGAUACGUGAAGCUAAGAUGUUGGCUAAGUUAAAUGUUGAAUUGCCAAUUGUGGCGGCUACAUUGAUGAGCCGGCAAAAGUAUUUCACCACUAUACAGGACUCAUUGAAUUACUUGAUCAAAAUGUUUUUGACAACUGUGCGCACCGUGAAAUUGGAAGUGCGUCCUUUGUUUCUGCCACAAUUGGUGCGCCUAACAGCAAUGCUAAAGCCUGGCCUUCACACAAUAAAUUGGACUCAUCAAAAUUGGACAGAGUUUUAUGAACGUUGUAAACGGGCAAUAGAGACAUUUAACGUACUCGUAGCACGUGUGCACGAUAUCUACUCCAACCGCAUAUUAAAUGUGCUCAUGUGGAUGCAGGAUGUCUCAUUACAGGUCUUGCCUGCAGACGAUGAAAUCUGGACUGUGGAGGAGUUUUUGGAGAGGAGCGAAGACGCCUGCAGACACGCCGCUAUUGAAUUGAAUCGCAAAAGUCAAAUGGUGUCGGAGGCAGUGGAGGAAGUUUUGAAUUUGGUUGACAAGGCUACAGAGACUUUCAAGCAAAUUGCAGGCGAUGAUGUUGUUACAUUAUUUGACGCUACCUCGCGAAAUCAGACCCAACCAUCAUCGGCACGAAAGGGAGAGGCGGAAGGUUGCACAGCAGUGCCAAAUGGUGUUAGUACUGGUGGUAGUGGUGGCGGAGGUGGCAGUGCUGGUAGCCAACAACAAGAUUGGAGCAUAUUAUGGUCAUGUUUUGAAAAUCCCUUAACUCUGCUUUCGACCACAGAGAGUCUUCCGAAGGGAAUGCAAGAUAUGGUCUGCAAUGCGGUGGUGGAGAUGCGACGCUACUACAGUCGAAAAGUAAUUGAUGUACUGAUUAAGGUAAUACGUGGCGCGUUAGACACUAUUAGGCGUCGAUUUAUUGAUGACGAGAAUGACACCGUAUUGAAGAAGCCGAUAUUCGCACUAAAUGCGCAGUUGCAGAUUCCAAGCGUGAUUAUCAAGCCGAACCUUGAUGAGUUGCAGGAGAUACUGACAACCGCUGGUAAAAAUAUUACUGGAAUUGCAAAAGGCGUGGCACAGUGGACCAGUGGCAAAGAGCCGCAAGUGUCAACAACACCUCAACCACGGGUUGGACGAAAUCACAAUACUGGAAAUCGAGCACGUCGUCGUAAGCUUUAUACUCUGGCCUCAGAGGAACGUCCACAAAUGCCUCAUAUGCUCAAGUCGUUUUACGCCGCUAUAAUGGAUAAUAAAGAGGUGGUGAAGGCACUCAAUUUGCUCUCAAAUUGUACAAAAAAUAUCAAACCAGAAAUACAGACAUACAUAAAACGUUGGAAACCUUACCAUUUCUUAUGGAAAAACGAUCGCACAACUCGUCAAUUAAUGGAGUUCGGAUUGCAGGAAUUCGAGUCGACUUUACGAUGCUUAGCCGAGUUGGACGCCAAUUUGCUGGUGGAGCCCGAAAUGGAGGUAUUUGGUCAUUGUGUGUCCGUCUACAAUGAACGGUUGAAAUACGGCCUAGCUAUUGAGAUCAAAUCUUGUAAUCAUAAAAUCGGACAAGCUAUGAAGAAGAAAUACAAAAAAGAAAUGGACUAUGUCUACGCUGUAAUUAAUGAAAUGGAUCGGAAGUUGGACAGACCAAUCCGAGAUCUCGAUGACGUGCGCAUGAUAAUGGAAACCUUAAGUAAAAUAAGGGAACAAGAAGUUGAUAUGGAGUUGCGUAUUGACCCAAUUGAAGAGGCUUUUAAUGUACUUACCCGUUAUGAGGUCCAAGUGGAACGUGAACAAUUCGAUUUGGUAGAUAACUUGCGCAGCACAUUUCAAAAUUUAUUGUCUUGUGCCCUGCAAGCCCAAGUGAAACUAUUGGACAUGCAACCGUCAUUUCAGGAUGACCUCAAAAAUAAUUUAGAGAAAUUUAAACAAGAUAAAAUACAAUACGUAAAUGAAUAUCGUACAGCCGGUCCCAUGCAAGCUGGCCUAACACCACGUGAGGCCUCCGAUCGUUUAAUUUUAUUUCAAAACCGUUUUGAGGGUAUGUGGCGUCGCCUCCAGACCUAUCAGAACGGUGAAGAGUUAUUUGGUUUACCACAAACUGACUAUCCGGAAUUGGGUCAAAUACGAAAAGAAUUGAAUUUGCUGCAAAAACUUUAUAAACUCUAUAAUGAUGUAAUAGAUCGCGUGAGCAGUUAUUACGAUAUACCGUGGAACGAAGUGGACAUUGAAGAGAUCAACAACGAAUUAAUGGAAUUCCAAAACCGCUGCCGAAAACUUCCUAAAGGUUUGAAGGAGUGGCCGGCUUUUCAUGCGCUCAAGAAAACCAUCGACGAUUUCAAUGAUAUGUGCCCAUUGUUGGAGUUGAUGGCGAAUAAGGCAAUGAAACCCCGCCAUUGGCAACGCAUUAUGGACGUUACCAAAUACAUUUUCGAAUUCGAUUCGGAAGGAUUCUCAUUGAAGAAUAUAUUAGAAGCGCCUCUGCUUAAGCAUAAAGAGGAUAUUGAGGAUAUCUGUAUUAGUGCAAUGAAAGAGAAAGAUAUUGAGGCUAAGUUAAAACAAGUCACAAAUGAGUGGUCCGUACAUGAAUUACAAUUCAUGAGUUUCAACAAUCGCGGCGAACUAUUACUGCGGGGUGACACAACUGCUGAAACCAUAGGUCAGCUAGAAGAUAGCUUGAUGGUGUUGGGUUCAUUGCUGUCCAAUCGCUACAACGCACCAUUUCGUAAACAAAUUCAACAAUGGGUUUAUGAUUUAUCCAAUUCAAAUGAAAUUUUGGAACGUUGGUUAUUGGUGCAGAAUAUGUGGGUAUAUUUAGAAGCUGUCUUUGUAGGUGGUGAUAUUGCUAAGCAGCUUCCAAAAGAAGCCAAGCGAUUCUCAAAAAUCGAUAAAUCAUGGCAAAAGAUAAUGCAACGUGCCCACGAGACUCCUGGCGUAGUUGCGUGUUGUGUCGGUGACGAUCUUCUGAAACAACUGUUACCUCAUUUGCAGGAACAGCUGGAAAUCUGUCAAAAAUCGCUAAGUGGCUAUUUGGAACGUAAACGAAUGAUGUUCCCUCGCUUCUUCUUCGUUUCCGAUCCGGCACUAUUGGAGAUUCUAGGUCAGGCUUCUGACUCACAUACCAUACAAAAUCAUUUACUCUCAAUUUUCGAUAAUACACGCAAAGUAAAAUUCCAUGACAUUGAAUACAAUAAGAUGAUGGCCAUAAUCUCCAGUGAAGGUGAGAUGAUACAGUUAGAUCGCGCUAUUCGUGCUGAGGGUUCGGUCGAGACAUGGCUAACUCAGUUACUGGUCACCGCACAGCAGUCAUUGCAUUCGAUUAUCCGCACCGCUUAUGCUACAAUAAAUGAUCCAAAUUUCACCUUGUUGGGAUUUUUAGAGAAAGUCCCUGCACAAAUUGGUCUUUUGGGUAUACAAAUGAUUUGGACACGCGACGCGGAAAUGGCGCUGAUGCAGGCCAGGCAUGAGAGGAAAGUCAUGUCGGAGACGAAUAAUAAGUUUCUUGAAAUUUUAAAUACGCUAAUUGAUCAAACUACCAGAAAUUUAACUAAAAUGGAGCGCACAAACUUCGAAACUCUAAUUACCAUACAUGUGCACCAACGGGACAUAUUCGAUAUAUUGUGUCGAAUGAAUAUUAAAUCAGCCAAUGAUUUUGAGUGGUUGAAGCAGUGUCGUUUUUACUUCAAAGAGGACUUAGACAAAACGUGGAUUUCAGUAACUGACGUAACUUUCACUUAUCAAAACGAGUAUUUGGGUUGCACAGAUCGUUUGGUGAUUACACCGUUAACAGAUCGAUGUUACAUCACACUCGCUCAGGCGCUAACACUGAGCAUGGGUGGCGCACCAUGUGGUCCAGCGGGUACCGGAAAAACCGAGACAGUUAAGGACAUGGGCAAGACGUUGGCUAAGUACGUGGUUGUGUUUAAUUGCUCCGACCAAAUGGAUUACAGGGGCCUGGGUCGCAUCUAUAAGGGCUUGGCUCAGUCCGGUACGUGGGGAUGUUUCGAUGAAUUCAAUCGAAUCGAACUUCCGGUGUUGUCGGUUGCAGCGCAACAAGUUGCAGUUGUAUUGACAGCCAAGAAGGAGAAAAAGAAAACAUUUAUAUUCACCGAUGGCGAUACGAUUGAGAUGAAUCCUGAAUUUGGCAUUUUUAUAACAAUGAAUCCUGGCUACGCUGGACGGAAAGAGCUACCUGAAAAUUUAAAAAUACAAUUUCGCACCGUCGCUAUGAUGGUGCCAGACCGACAAAUAAUUAUACGCGUCAAGUUGGCGUCGUGUGGAUUUUUAGAGAAUAUUACACUGGCGAGAAAAUUUUAUACCCUUUAUAAAUUGUGCGAGGAGCAAUUAACCAAGCAGGUCCAUUAUGAUUUUGGUUUGCGAAAUAUAUUAUCGGUAUUGCGUACAUUGGGUGCUUCCAAGCGGAGAAACUCGAAGGAUGGCGAGAGUACGAUUGUGAUGCGUGUCCUACGCGAUAUGAAUCUCUCCAAACUGAUUGACGAAGAUGAACCGUUAUUCAUGUCGUUGGUUUCGGAUUUGUUUCCCAAUCAGACACUCGAAAAGACCAAUUACCCAGAACUUGAAGCAGCAAUUGCUGAACAGACGGAAGAAGCAAAUCUGGUCUACCAUCCUCCAUGGGUUCUCAAAUUAAUACAACUUUACGAAACCCAAACCGUUCGACAUGGCAUUAUGACAUUGGGUCCCAGUGGUGCCGGUAAGACGACAUGCAUUCAUACCCUGAUGAAGGCAUUAACUCAAAUGGGUGACAAUCAUCGCGAGAUGCGUAUGAAUCCAAAGGCCAUAACAGCUGCUCAAAUGUUUGGGCGUUUAGAUGUGGCUACCAAUGACUGGACUGACGGCAUAUUUUCGGCUUUGUGGCGCAAAACAUUGAAACUAAAAAGUGGCGAACACGUUUGGCUCGUACUCGACGGUCCAGUGGAUAGCAUUUGGAUUGAAAACUUAAACUCUGUUUUAGAUGAUAACAAAACAUUGACCCUGGCAAAUGGUGAUCGCCUUACUAUGGCACCAACAGUAAAAAUAAUUUUCGAACCACACAACAUAGACAACGCGUCACCGGCGACAGUGUCGCGGAAUGGAAUGGUUUAUAUGAGUUCAUCAGGACUAGAUUCCAGACCGAUUGUGCAAGCUUGGCUAAAGAAUCGCGCACCUGGCGAGAAGUCAGUUUUCUGGGCCCUCUUCGAACAAACUUUCAUCCAAGUUUACAACUGGGGCACACAAAACCUUAAGCUUUUGAUGUCCGUGUUGCAGUGUAAUGUAGUACGUCAGAUGCUAUCGAUUUUGGAGGGCUUAGUGCCGGUGAAGAAGGAGGAGGAGCAGGCAGUCAGUCUGUCUAGUAAAGAAACAAACGACGAUGAGCUUCCUGAAGAACCGGCUGUGGAGGAGAAAGAGGACACUUGUACACCCGAACACUUGCAUCGACUAUACAUUUUUGCGCUAGCUUGGGGUCUCGGUGGAUAUCUCAAUGUUUCUGAUCGCAUACGUUUGGAUUUAUAUGUCAAAGAAGCUUUCCCUCAGUUGGACUAUGCACAGGCUACGAACAGUGAAAAUAGUAUUUUUGAUUUCUUCGUUUCUGAGACAGGCACGUGGCAAGCGUGGAAGACAUUGGUCACUCCGUAUAUGUAUCCUGAGUUAUCUACUCCAGACUAUCUAAAUAUUCUAGUACCCAUCGUUGAUAAUGUACGCAUGGAUUACCUAAUCGCUACGAUAGCGAAUCAGGAACGUGCCGUUAUGUUGAUUGGCGAACAGGGUACCGGCAAGACAGUGAUCAUGAAGAAUUUUAUGAAGAAAAUGAAUCCGGAGGCAUAUAUGGGCCGUUCUUUCAAUUUUUCAUCGGCCACUAGUCCAUAUCAAUUUCAACGUACUAUCGAAAGUUAUGUGGAGAAACGUGUGGGAGUUACGUUUGGGCCACCAGGAGGACGUAAGUUGAUUGUGUUCAUUGAUGAUGUCAAUUUGCCGGAGAUCAACGAAUGGGGCGAUCAAGUGACGAAUGAAAUUGUUCGCCAAAGCAUGGAUAUGAAAGGCUUUUACAGUUUGGAGAAGCCCGGUGAUUUUACAACAGUAGUGGAUGUUCAAUAUGUUGCGGCAAUGGGUUUGCCGGGCGGUGGUCGUAAUGAUAUACCGUCACGAUUAAAACGACAAUUUUGCGUAUUUAAUUGUAAUAUUCCGGAUGAUGAGUCGAUUGAUAAAAUAUUUCGUGUUAUUGGUGAGGGGCAUUAUAAUUCCAAACGUGGUUUCACGUCUGAAGUACGCAGUUUAGUUAAGAAGUUGAUUGUUGUGACUCGUCAUUUGUGGCAGCGAACGCGUGAGAAACUUCUACCCACACCUGCCAAAUUUCAUUAUGUUUUUAGCUUGCGUGACUUAUCGCGCAUUUGGCAAGGUAUGGUGGGUACUUUGUCAACUGUUAUCACGGCAGAUAGUGUGCUCAUGUCAUUGUGGAAGCACGAAUGUACACGUGUAUUUGCGGACCGUUUUACGACCUUUCAAGAUAAAGAGUGGUUUAGUUCGGAAUUAGCUUGUCUUGUGCGUGAAGAGCUAGGUGAGGCAUACUCGCAGAUGAUUAUUCCGAACCCGGUGUUUGUCGAUUUUAUGCGCGAUGCACCUGAGCCAACAGGUGAGGAGGGAGAGGAUGCUGAUAUGGAAUUACCGAAAGUCUACGAACCGGUGAAUUCUCAUGAAGUGCUCCGGGAGCGUCUCGUUAUGUUCCUCGCACAGUUUAAUGAAAUGGUACGAGGCUCUGGGAUGGAUCUGGUUUUCUUCCCUGAUGCUAUGCUGCAUUUGGUGAAGAUUUCUCGAAUCAUUCGGCAUCCGAGGGGAAACGUCAUGCUUGUCGGGGUCGGUGGAUCGGGUAAACAAUCCUUGACCAAAUUGGCAUCAUUUAUAGCUGGCUACAAAACAUUCCAAAUUGCUUUGACACGUUCUUAUAAUGUAGCCAACUUUCUGGAGGACUUAAAAUUAUUAUAUCGCACCUGCGGUGUUCAAGGCAAAGGAACCACAUUUUUAUUUACCGAUAUGGACAUUAAAGAAGAGGGAUUUCUUGAAUACCUCAACAAUAUACUAUCAUCUGGUGUGAUAUCAAAUCUGUUUUCUCGAGACGAACAAGCUGAAAUUGUACAAGAAUUGACUCCGGUUAUGAAACGAGAAAAUCAACGAAAAACAGCGACCCCGGAAAGUGUGAUGGAGUUUUUCUUGGCCCGCACAUGUGCCAAUCUUCAUGUGGCUUUUUGUUUCUCACCAGUGGGUGAAACAUUCCGAUCGAGGGUGCAACGUUUUCCGGCCCUGGUGUCCGGCUGCACAAUCGAUUGGUUCCAGCCGUGGCCAAAGGAUGCACUCGUCUCGGUGGCAAGACACUUUCUGAGUGACUUUGAAAUUGAGUGUACACCGGCUGUGAAGGAAGAAUUAGUAAAUGCGCUGGGCUCUAUACAAGAUAUUGUCGCAGAAACAUCGUUGGAAUAUUUCCAGCGUUUCAGACGUGCAACACACGUGACACCGAAGUCAUAUUUGAAUUUCAUUUCUGGUUACAAGAAUAUAUAUCAGCAAACACAGAAAGAAUUGCGUGAUGGCGCAGAAAAGAUGGACACUGGGUUGGAGAAAUUAAAGGAAGCCUCCGCUUCAGUUGAAAUAUUGAAAAAGGACUUGGUGGUCAUGGAGGAGGAGUUAGUGGAAGCCUCCAAAAAUGCCGAAUCUGUUUUGGUAGAAGUAACCGAAAGGGCAAUGCAAGCCGAAAUCGUAAAAAAUCAGGUUCUUAUUGUGAAAGACAAGGCUGAGGCAUUAGUGGCAUGUAUUGCACAAGAAAAAGCACUUGCCGAGGAAAAAUUAGAGGCUGCCAAGCCGGCACUGGAAGAAGCCGAAAUGGCAUUGAAUACAAUAAAGCCAGCGCACAUUGCAACCGUACGCAAGUUGGGUCGACCACCACAUUUGAUUAUGAGAAUCAUGGACUGUGUACUGAUUUUAUUUAAAAGAAAAUUACAUCCCUGUAUACCGGAUUCUGGAACACCGUGUCCCAAGCCGUCUUGGCAAGAAUCUUUAAAGAUGAUGGCUAGCGCAACGUUUUUGCUACAAUUGCAAAAUUAUCCAAAAGACACAAUAAAUGAUGAAAUGAUCGAUUUACUACAACCGUACUUUCGCAUGGAGGACUAUAAUAUGGACAUGGCAAGGCGAGUUUGCGGAGACGUAGCUGGUUUGUUGUCUUGGACAAAAGCUAUGUCAUUUUUUCACAGUGUUAACAAGGAAGUGCUGCCAUUAAAGACAAAUUUGACUUUGCAGGAGGCGCGAUUGAAGCUAGCCAUGGAUGACUUGGCUGGUGCUGAAGAGCAGCUACGAGAGCGAGAAGAGGCACUUCAGGCCGUCAAAAAUCAGUAUGAUAAAGCCGUUGGUGAGAAACAAAGACUCACCGAUGCUGCCAAUGUCUGUCUGCGGAAGAUGACUGCAGCAACCGCUUUAAUAAAUGGGCUGUCAGAUGAAAAGUAUCGCUGGACAAAUCAGAGUAAAGAGUUUAAAAUACAACUAGGCAAGCUGGUGGGUGACGUUCUGCUAGCAACAGGCUUCCUCUCAUAUUGUGGUCCAUAUAACCAAGAGUUUCGUGCAAAUUUAAUCAGAACAUGGAUGGGCAUACUAAAACAAAAAACUAUACCAUUCACGACUGGCUUGAAUAUUAUUAAUAUGCUCGUCGAUUCCUCAACAGUGUCAGAAUGGACAUUGCAGGGACUGCCAAAUGAUGAGUUAUCGGUACAAAAUGCCCUGAUUGCGACAAAAUCAAGCAGUUACCCAUUAUUGGUAGAUCCCCAAACACAGGGAAAACUUUGGAUAAAAUCAAAAGAGGGUGAAAAUGAAUUACAGAUUACGUCAUUAAAUCACAAAUAUUUUAGGACCCAUUUAGAAGACUCAUUGUCGCUUGGGCGGCCACUGUUAAUUGAAGACGUCGGCACCGAACUGGAUCCAGUGCUCGACAAUGUGUUGGAGAAGAACUUCAUCAAGUCGGGUAGCAUAGAGAAAGUCUUGGUGGGCGACAAGGAGUGUGAUGUGAUGCCAGGUUUUAUGUUGUAUAUAACUACUAAAUUACCAAACCCCGCGUUUAGUCCAGAGAUAAGCGCUAAAACUUCUAUAAUUGAUUUUACCGUCACAAUGCGAGGGCUCGAAGAUCAGCUUUUAGGACGAGUGAUUCUUAUGGAGAAAUCAGAUUUGGAAGCUGAACGUGUCGCGCUCUUCGAAACCGUUAUGACAAAUCAAAGGAAAAUGAAAGAAUUGGAGGCAAACUUGUUAUACCGGCUUAGUUCUUCACAAGGAUCAUUGGUUGAUGACGAGGCCUUAAUUGAGGUACUGCGUGUUACGAAAACUACGUCCGAAGAGGUCAAUCAAAAAUUGAAAAUUUCUGAAAUAACUGAACGAAAGAUAAUGAAGGCUCGGGAAGAGUUCCGCGCCGUAGCAGCACGUGGCUCAGUACUUUACUUUCUAAUAGUUGAGAUGAGUAAUGUGAAUGUAAUGUAUCAGAAUUCUUUGAAACAAUUUUUGGUUAUUUUCAAUAACUCGAUAACCAAAUCGACCAAAUCAAAUGUAACUGAGGAACGUAUAAUUAUUAUUUUACGCUAUCUGACCUAUGAAGUGCAUAAGUUUACAAAUCGCAGCCUGUAUGAACGUCACAAACAGUUGUUUACUUUAAUGUUGGCUAUUAAAAUCGACUAUCAUAACGGCAAUGUGACACAUGAGGAGUUUAUGUCGUUUGUUAAAGGCGGUGCUUCACUGGACCUGAACGCUGUAACACCAAAACCAUUCCGAUGGAUCUUGGACAUCACUUGGUUGAAUUUAGUGGAGAUAAGCAAAUUGGAAACAUUUUCAAAUGUUUUAACACUAAUCGAGUUAAAUGAGAAGGAAUGGCGAUUUUGGUAUGAAGCUGAAAAGCCGGAGAAUGAAGAAAUCCCAUGUGGCUAUCAGACAUCUUUAGAUGGAUUCCGAAAAUUACUGUUGGUACGGUCUUGGUGUCCGGAUCGUACGAUUUCACAAGCAAAGAAGUAUAUAGAGGAAUCCCUAGGUCCUGAGUACAGUGAAAUGCAGAUUUUAGAUCUUGAAGAGACUUGGGCGGAAUCGGAGCCCCGUACCCCGUUCGUUUGUCUCCUUUCUAUUGGAUCCGAUCCUACGACACAAAUUGCCGCAUUGGCUAAACAAAAAGGCAUUCCUUUGAAAUCAGUUUCAAUGGGACAAGGUCAAGAAUUCCAUGCACGCAAAAUGAUAAUGGACUCAAUGUCCGGUGGUGGCUGGGUGUUAUUGCAGAAUGUUCAUCUUUCGCUGCCUUUCUGCUCGGAAGUCAUUGAUAUGCUGGUGGAGACGGAACACAUCGAUGAUACAUUUCGAAUGUGGGUGACCACCGAGCCGCAUGCAGAUUUUCCAAUCGGCUUACUUCAAAUGGCCAUAAAAUUCACCAAUGAGCCACCGCAAGGCAUACGAGCAAGUCUAAAGCGUAGCUACCAGGCUUUCACUCAGGAUUUCCUCGAUUACACCGCGGCACCACAAUGGCCACCAUUGCUAUACACUGUAGCCUUUCUGCACACAAUUGUUCAAGAACGAAGGAAAUUCGGUCCGCUUGGUUGGAAUGUACCGUAUGAGUUUAAUCAGGCAGACUUUGCGGCGAGCGUGCAGUUCAUACAGAAUCACUUGGAUGAGAUGGAUCCAAAGAAGGGAGUCUCGUGGCAAACGCUUGUAUACAUGAUUGGAGAGGUGCAAUAUGGUGGUCGUGUGACUGAUGAUUUUGAUAAGAGGCUGCUGACCACUUUUACUGCAGUGUGGUUUUGCGAGGGGCUUUUAAGUAACUCAUUCGAAUUCUACAUAGGAUACAAAGUGCCGAAUACCAAGAGUUUGCAAGGAUUCGUCGACUAUAUAAACAGUUUGCCAGCUUAUGACACGCCAGAGGUGUUUGGCUUGCAUUCCAAUGCUGACAUCACGUAUCAAAUUAAUUCAGCCAAAGGUAUUUUGGACACCAUACUGAGCGUGCAGCCAAAAGAGGGAGGCGGUGGUGGUGGUGAGACUCGCGAGAGCAUUGUCUAUCAGCUGGCCGACGACAUGUUGCGUAAGCUUCCGCCACAGUAUAACGCUUACGAGGUGCGUGAGAACCUGCUGCGCAUGGGAAUUCUACUACCGAUGAACAUCUUUCUCAGGCAAGAAAUUGAUCGCAUGCAGAAAGUGAUUAAGAAGGUGUACACAUGCUUGUGCGACCUGAAAUUGGCAAUUGAUGGCACAAUUGUGAUGAGUCCAGCAUUGAAGGAGUCCUUGGAUGCCAUGUAUGAUGCACGCAUACCGGAAUCUUGGAUGAAGAUAUCUUGGGAAUCAACAACUCUAGGCUUCUGGUACACUGAGCUAUUGGAACGAAAUGCACAAUUUCGCACUUGGAUAUCAACAGAUCGACCAAAAGUAUUUUGGAUGACGGGAUUCUUUAAUCCCCAAGGAUUUUUAACAGCAAUGCGUCAAGAAGUGACACGCGCACACAAAGGCUGGGCACUAGAUUCAGUUGUAUUGCAAAAUCAAAUAACACGCUAUAAUAAGGAAGACAUCUUGGAAUACCCCACCGAAGGUGUCUAUGUGCAUGGCCUGUUUCUAGAAGGUGCUUCGCUGGAUCGACGCAGUGGCAAAUUGGUUGAGUCAAAGAUGAAAGUACUCUACGAACAAAUGCCGGUAAUCUACAUAUACGCCAUUAACACAACAGCUGGCAAGGAUCCUAAGCUAUAUGAGUGCCCGAUUUAUCGAAAACCACAACGGACCGACGCCAAAUAUGUUGGCUCAAUUGACUUUGAGACGGAUUUCAACCCGAAGCAUUGGACGCUGCGUGGCGUUGCUUUGCUCUGUGAUAUUAAAUAAACGAAAUGCUUCAUCUACAAACUUCGUGUUUGCGCUUAGCUUGUUCGCACCAGUAGUAAUGAAUUUGCUUAUACAAUACGAUGAUUGUUAAGUUAAGUCACGUGCUUCCUGCCUUCAGAUAAACGUUUAUGUGCUAUUGUAUUUGAGUGUAAGUAAAUGUUGUAUUUGAUAAUUGUGAGUUUGUUCCUAAUGAUACUUCAUAUGUAUGAUUUAUAAUGGACUUGCUUUGCAAUCCAAUAAUGUCUCAACUAUGUAAAUCGAAUUAUAACGAAAUGGUGUAAAAGUUUUGUAUAGAAUAAAAUGGUUUACGAAUGAGAAAAGUACUUAAGCUCAUUAAAGUACGUACGUGUAUGGAUGUACACAUAUAUGUCAUCAUUGUUCGGUAUCUUCUCCUUGAAAUACGAAAAACUGGAAGUUUCCAAAGUCAAAAUAUAAAGAAACACACAGGUUCACCAUAUUCUUCUCGCUUAAAACUUGCACAAGGUUCGGAGCUUUAUUCAAAUGCAGUGCAAUAUUCUUCUUGUCAUAGAUAUAAUGGUAUCGAAAAACAAACUAAAUUCGAAAUUACGGUUCACUUGAUUUUAUUUAAUUUAAUUUCAAAUACAUAAUACAUUUUAAUUUCAAUACUUUUUGUAU